UCGCCCCCACCCACUCUCCCUCCCCCGCUCCCUUUCCCUGAACACCUCUGGUCUAUAGGAAUAGGCAUCGGCGAAUUUUCUUGAAAUCAGGAAGGAAAAAGUAUUAUGAUGUCAGCGAACACUACAGCUCCGAAUGGCCCUGCGAACAUGCGCACGUCGUCGUCGUCGUCAUCGUCGACGAAUGGAUCCAGCGGGUCGCAGUUCAACCCUGCGCCGCCGGCAGCACCGUUCACCAAGAGCGAGCGGCCAGCAUCGGAGAUAUUUUUUGCCAAUGCGCCACAUGCGCUGCCCGAGGCCGAGAGCGUAGACAAGUGGUUUGAGAGCCUGACGCAGUUUGAGGACAUGCUGGAGGACAUGGCCAAGGUGAGCCUGGACCCGGUGUUCAAGGACGAGCUGAACGCGAUUGACCAGUGGUUCUCGGUGCUGUCGGAGCCGGAGCGGACGGCGGCGCUGUACUCGCUGAUGCAGCACUGCUCGGAUCUGCAGGUGCGCUUUUUCAUCACCAUUCUGCAGCAGAUGCUCAAGCUCGACCCGAACUACCAGCCGCCAGCGGUGGUUGACGACGGUGGCGCGGAUCAGAAGGAGCGCCAUUCGAUUGCGGUCCAGGGGACGUACAACAAGCUCGCAGCAGGCCAGGGUGGCGUGCGCAUGAGCUACGACGGGCCCAUAGGCUCGUACCCUGGCGGUCCGCACGCGCAGCAGGCAGUGGUGGGCCAGAAGGGAGCCGGGUGGGCGGUGGGCGGUGGCAACGCAUCAUCGGACAACAUCCUGCUGGGCAGCAGCGGCGACGUGCAUGCAGCAGCAGCGGCCAAGUGGGGGCUGAGCGGUGCUGCUGGCGGCUCGGCUCUCAACAGUCCGAUGCCGGUGGACAUGGCGCGACGCAGCGGGCUGGGCAGCACGGGUGAGCGACCCAAGAGCUCGAACGAGGCAGAUGCGAACCCAGACUGGCGCACGAACCGACAGAGCACGGGCAGCAACCUGGGCGUGGACAUGCAGCUCGGGGUGGCCGGGUCGCGGCGGCAGAGCAACAACGUGUUUGGGCAGCAGGGGACGCCGCGUGGCAGCAUGAUUGACAUGGAGCCCAAGGACUUCCGGUGGUCGUCACUGACCGACAGCCUGGAGCCAUACGGCAACCUGGGACCGGACCCGAAUGCCUCGGCGCUGGCGCAGAUGCUCGACAGCAAGGUCGAUCUGGGCACAUCGCGCGGCAGCAUUGCGACCAGGCGCUCGAUCAGCAACCGGCUCAGCAUUGCGGUCAAGUCGCCGCGCGACACCAUGCAGCUGGGCGCCUCGAUAGGCUCGGCGCUGGCGUCGGCGCAGCAGUUUGCGCAGCCAAACGCGGCCAUCCGCACACCCAGCAGCGGCUACGGCGCCAUGCACUACCAGGCACGCGCCCCGCCGCACCAGGCCCCGCACACGCCGUACUCGGCCGCCCGCAUUGGCGCUAACAACGCCGGGUCGGCGGCCAACUCGCCGUCGCGCGGUACGUUUGCAAGGCACGGCAACCCGCCGCAGUCGCCAGCUGGGCCCAAGCCGCAGGACGUGGUGGACUUUGAGCUGAUCAAGGAUAUCCCAGCAUGGCUGCGGUCGCUGCGCCUGCACAAGUACACCGAGUGCUUCGGCGGGCUCGAGUGGACCGACAUUGUGCAGAUGAACGACGAGCAGCUGCAGGCGCGCGGCGUGUCGGCUCUGGGCGCCAGGAGGAAGAUGCUCAAGGUGUUUGAGCUCGUGCAGGCCGAACUGGGCAGCAAGAAGGACGGCGAGUGAGGAAAAGCCACCACUAUUAUUGUCUCGCCAGGGACGAUGUUCAAUGUUUUUGUCUCUACUGCCAACACCAGUUUUUUUUCUUCAAAGGUACACUAGUGUUUA